AUGACGGUGUCGGCGGCGGCGGCGGGGGGGGAGAGCUCCAGCGGUGUGGUGAUGGCGGCCGCACCGCUGGCUGCGUCCCUGAGAAGGAAGAACACCGCGGCGGCGGCGGCGGCCGCCGGCGGUGGCCUAGGCCUUUCGCGCAUUUCUGAGGGGGGGGGCGGUGAAAUUUCUCGCUCCACGGAGAGGAUACGCGGCAGCAGCAGCGGUGACGGUCGGGAAGACCAAGCCGCGAGCGACAACGUGUCCUCAUCUUUGAUGUUCGAUGACAACGAUAGCAGCGACGGGGAAGGCUUGGACGGGUACUCGGUAUCGCGAGCGGGGUGGCUGAGACCGCGUACGCCGGCGGGAGCCACCAACGGCCGCGGGGGCGGCGGCGGCGCGGGGGACUCCUCGCGGCAGUCGCUCGGGAGCACGUGGGGCGGGUGCUCGACCAUCAAGCGCCGACCCGGGGACGAUGAUUCCGGGGCUGGUUGGAGCUCCGCUCGCCGUCGCGGGGCGUUAAACACGGGGCUCGGGCACCACCACCAAGAUGUGGAGGGCGAAGACUCCACCCGCGGAGUAGUAGGGGCUGAGAGGAGCAGCAGCGGCGGCGGCGGCGGCGGAAGCGGUACGGACGGCUUCGCGACGGAGGGAUCGAUGUACCCGGGUGCCGGUGUUGGCGGCAGCAGGUGGAGCAACGGGAGGAAAUCAUCGUCCUCAGGCGGCGGAGGCGACGGUGGCGGGUCGUUUGCCGUUGGCGAGGCGUCCGUGGCCAGGCCCGUAGCCGCUACGUUUGGCUGCGACGGCGUAACCCCGCUGCCCGCCGGGCGCGGUGGAGGACCCCGGGAAGCCGGUGCGGCGGCAAGAAGAGGGAGUUCCAACUCUUCCUCUGGCGGCGGAGGUUCCGCCGGGAGAGAGGGGAGGGCGGGCUCCGCGGCCGGAGAGGGGGUGUCGGGAGGGCGCGCCGACUACCACUCGCUUUGCUUCUCGAGCUCCUCUUCUAGUAGCGCCACCACCACCACGCCCCACAGCGGCUCGCUGUCGGCGUCGUCGCCGUUCCUGAACCUGCUGGAUGGCGGGGACGAUUCGACUUCCUCCUUGCCUUAG